UGAUGCUGUGGGCUUGUGAUAGACUCCCAGCUAAUUACUUAGCUCAGGAAGAUUAUGCAGCCCAUUUCCUGUUGGGACUUAUUGAUGAUCUACAGCAUUGCUUAGUAAACAAAAUGUGCCCCAACUACUUUAUUCCUCAAUGCAAUAUGCUAGAGCACCUUUCAGAGGAUACAGUGAUGUUACAUGCUAGAAAGCUGUCUUCUGUGAGAUCAGACCCUGCAGAACACCUUCGGACGGCCAUUGAACAUGUGAAGGCUGCCAACCGACUCACCCUGGAUCUCCAGAGGAGAGGAAGCACCACUAGCAUACCAUCACCACAGUCUGAUGGAGGAGACAAUAACCAGCCAGAUGAUCGGUUAGCCAAAAAAUUGCAACAGCUAGUAACUGAAAACCCAGGAAAGUCUAUCUCUGUCUUCAUCAACCCUGACGAUGUUACCAGGCCUCAUUUU